UAUUAAAUAAACAAGAAUACAUGAAUAUAUACUGUGAAGAUGGUCUCAUAUUGUUGCGUGAAAGACUGUCGCAACAACAGCAGCGAAAAAAAGCGGAGGUCUCAUACAGUAAUCACAUUUCAUGCUUUUCCUACCAAUCCAGAGGCUAGGUUGAAAUGGUUGAAAGCGAUUGGCCGGCCCAGCUGGGAUCCCCCGAACCACGCGAGGGUCUGCAGCGCCCACUUCAGCAGGGAGCAGAUCAACCGCGAGCACCAGCGGACGCGGCUCAAGGACGACGCCUGCCCCGUGCGGGACCUGCCGGCCAACUCAUACUUUGAGGCGACAGAGAUGGAGGUGUGCCGCGUGUGCCUCGCCACGGAUGUGAAGAUGUACAGCCUGAACCAGGAGGUGCUCAAGACCUGCUUCAAAGCCAUUGUUGGACUUAAUAAAGACAUUGAGGGCCUCCCACAGUUUGUGUGCUACGAGUGUGCGUUCCAGCUGCUCAAAUGCUACAAUUUGAUUGAGAAGAGCAUCAUAGCCAAGGCAACACUGCUGAAAAUAUUCUCAGAAAAUGGGGAAGUAACAAAACACUUAGUAAGAAAAAUCAACAGAACUGAACUGAAUCUAAAAUCUAGUCUUAAAGUAAAUAACAUAGUUCCUAAAACUAUUUUCGACUUGCAAUAUGAUGAUGAUCUCAAAAAAUACAUUAAUACUUUGAGAACGGAAGAAAACAUUUGUAAGAAUGAAGAAAAGAGUACAACUAAUGAUAUUUUAAAUAGUAUUAAACUGUCAAAGCAAAAUACAUCUAAGAGAAAAGCUGAUAAAGAUGAAAAUUUAUCAGUAGGUUACAAAAUAGAAGUAAAUUUAGACCUAAAUGAUGAAGACUACAAAUUAGAAGAAAGUUAUCCAGAAAAUAACAUAAUACCAAACAACUUUGUUAAUAUCAAUGACGAUGUUAAAGAAGACAAUGCAUGCGACUCUGAUGGCUCAGAUUUAAUAAUGGAUGAACCAGACUACAAUUCCGACUCAAAAGACGACAAAGCAUUUGAAAUAGAACCAAUAAAGGCAGUCAAGAAACCAGUUGCAAAAGUUAAGAAAAAAGCAACCAAAUCAAAACUAAUCAAUGGUUUAACACCAGAUGAAGUAGAAAUGCAGAAAUAUUUCGACAUAGCGAUUCUAACACUAGAAGAGCAGAUUGAAGAUAGGGAAAAGAUGAAAGAAUUGCCAGCUUACAGAGAUGCAUUGUAUAAGUGUGAAGUUUGUUACAAGACAUAUUUGCAUCCGGAUGCUUUUAAGAUGCACAUGGACAAUCACAGUCCCAAGCAUGGCUCAGUGGAGUGCCCUGUUUGUAGACUACGGUAUAAAACCGAUACAUUAGCCAGGUCCCACGCCAACCGCACGCACGGCAAGAAGUUCCACUGCAAAACGUGCCCCAAAAUAUUCACCAACGUGCGCAUCGCGAAGAAACACCAGAAGCGACACGACGGCUACAAGUACACGUGCGAAUCCUGCGACUUCUCCACUAUACACGAGUCGGCGUAUAACACGCAUGUUCGUGCACGCCACGCGGGUAGAUACACGUGCGUGAGGUGUGGACACGCGUGCGCGAGCGAGAAGGGACUGAAUUUGCAUGUGCAGAGGAGUCACGGAGGGAGUGUCGGGCAGGAGUCGUCAGAGUCCGCCUGCGCUCCGUGUGACCUGCGGUUCAGCUCGGCGGCGGAGUGGCGCCAACAUGUCACUACUGACGCCAGGCAUCUUAGUAGUGGUGCCCCCCCGAGCACGGACCCGGCCACCACGUGCCCCCACUGCGGGCUGGUCUGUGCCUCCCCGCGACAGCUGCAGUCGCACGUGGGGAGCCACGCCGCGCCGCCCGCGCCCACUAGCGUGGUGUACCCGCGGUUGUGUCAGCAUUGCGGCGAAACCGUGAACAACCGCAAAGAACACUACUUCCACGUGCGCAAGCAGCACCCGGCGCUGCGCGGAGACUACCAGCCGCUCAUCACCGCCGUCUGCGACACCUGCGGCAAGGGCUUCCAGAACACAACAAAGCUCCACCUCCACGAGCUGCGCCACGGCGGCGUGGGCACUGUGCGUUGUCCGCACUGCCCCAGACUGUUCUACGACAAGUACCAGCUGGCGAGACACGCGACAGUGCACAGCGACCGCCGCCCGCAUCGGUGCAGCUUGUGUAGCAAGAGUUUUAAACUGAGGAGCAAUUUGGAUAGACAUGCUAAGGUGCACAGCGGCGCGACCCCCUACCCCUGCACUCUCUGCGGCAAACAGUUCCGCUACUCGUCCAGCCGCAACCUGCAUGUUCGUACUGUGCACUACAAGCAACCCCACCCGCCGAGGAAGAAGAGGACCAAGAAUGUACAGAGCUACGAGUGAGAGUGGGAUGGAAGAGG